AAAAAAAAAAAAAAAAAAAAAAAAAAAAAAAAGGGGCCUCUCUGGAUCUCAGAGGCCACAGUAAAGGAGGGGUGAGAUGAGCCUCAGCUAACAGCCCUUCCGGCCCCGAUCCCAGGGACAGGGAAGACAGUGAGUUCCUUUCCAUGGCAGGGACGACAGGCUGGAGUCCAGGGCCCGUGUCUGCAGAGGCAAAUGCCGGAAUCAAAGCAGGCUGGGAGUGUGGGCUCCGCUCCUGCAGGGACUGGCAUCUCUCAGCUGCCUGGGCAGCAAUCAGGGUAGGGAUGGAGGGCAGGAGGGAGGGAGGCACCGUACCCACCAGGCCCCCACCGUACAUCCAGCCACAACCGGGAGAACCAGCCCUGGGCUGAGGAUGGUCCGUCUGGGGGUGAUCUCAUUUACCUGGACGACAGUUCCAGGAAGCGGGGAGGGUCCGGGAAGAGGUGCCCCAUUAUGUGGAUGGGGACACUGAGGCUCCUAGGAGCAGUGACUCAGCCUCCUGUUUGGAGCCUGGCAUGUCAGGGGUGGGGUAGGGCAUGGGAGGGGAGACAGCUAUGCUGGGAAAGAGGCCAGAGCCCCACUCCCUGCCCAAACCCAGGCUCUUAGGCAGGGCCCUCUCUCCCUGCAGACUCUGGGUGUCCACUUUUAGUGACGGGGUGAGUGAGGAGGGGUCAGAGUGUGGGGCUGGGAGAGGCAGCCCCGGACUUCACUCUUCUGCGGGGGAAGAAGCCCCUGCCCACAAAGCGAGCGGGUGGGUGGUCAGGAGGCCACAAUGGGGGAGCAGCCAGGUGUCCCGGGAGCUGCACCAGGAGAGCAGUGGCUGCGGUGCCGGGGCUGGAGGCCCACAGGGCAGCGUGCUGGGCCCAGAGAGGGAAAGUUCUGCCCUUUCCAGGAGCGCUCAGCCCAGGCCUGGGCAGGUGGGGGCCGCAGGGAGGAGUGCCUGGUGGGGGAGGCCUGGGGUCCCCUUGGGGAUGGUAUGGCUUUGUCCAGGCACACCACGCUGACCCGGCCUGCUGGGGCAUGUGCCUGCGGCUGGACUGGGGGCCCAGCUGUGGGCCUCUCCAAGGGACUCACAAUUCAUGUACACCCACCCACCUGCCGCACAAGAUGUUUCAGUGAGCCGGUCUGUACCUCCCCUGGGUGCCGUCUCACCCACACUCGUACGAUGCACACACACACCUGAUGCCCAGGCUCGGGCCGGCCACGGGUGGUCAGCCCCUGUGACCCUCCCUCCACCUCGCCCACACUCUGGAAGGGUGACCUGACGGUGCUUUCUGCGGGGAAAUGAUACGGCAGUAACACUGUCCACGGCACUGCGUCGCUCUGUGCCUGGGUCUGCACUGGGCCCGGGGGAAGCAAGAGACCCAGGCCCUGGUUCCGAGGGACCCUGAGGGACCCCAAGGGACCCCAGUCUAGGAGUGGUAAGCCGGGCACAAUGGCAGGCCUGACAAUCCUCCCUCAGCCCUUAUGCCGUGUGUUCUCCUGUGCCACCCAGGCUUUGGGGGGCUGAGGGGAACAGAGGGACCAGAGCCAGGACAGUUCAGUCCCCAGGCAGAGUCCAGACUGUCACCCAGCUUAACCCAGCCACAGGCUCCCCUGAGGGCCCCUGGUUGUGCAGACCAUUGUGAGGGGCUGCGAGAGGCCCUGCCUUGGAAGGGGGAGAUCCAACACAGCAGGGGAGGGCCGCCUAAGGUGGGUAAGGCACUCACAGACUCACCCAGAUCCUGGGACCAGGCACGGGGCCGCAGCCUGCCUGGGGGUCAUUUGUUCACUCCCAGAGAGCCCGUCCCCUCCCUGCAGGCCCCCUACCCCCCAUUAUGGCCUGAACACUCAGUGUUGGGGACGUCUCUACCUCCUCCAGACAUUCUGCCCUGAGGGCCUCUCUGUCUCGUUCUUUGCAUCUGAGUGUCCACACAGUGUGUGGCACAUAGUAGGUGCUUUAUAAAUACCUGAAGCUAAAUGCAGUGAGAGCCACCAGUCUGUGACAGCUGCUUUAUUUAUUUCACCUCUCUGUGCCUGUGAAGUGGUGCUGCCAUUCCCAUUUGCCAGAGAAGGAAACUGAGGCUCAGAGGGGAGGAACGACUUGCCUAGUAUCUGGCCCCUGCUGGCCCGACUCCAGCCUGCUCUGUCCUGGCUCAUCUGGCUCCUCUCUUUCUUCAUCCUGCCCUGAAGCCUGUGACUGUGGCUGCCAUCAGUGGCUGGGGGCUUUGAAGCGGCCUCCCCUCUCCCCUCAGGCUCCCUGGAGUCUCCUUCCCCUCCCCUCCCUCCCCCAGCUGCCUCUUGGUCCCCAGCCUGGCUGGACACCAGAAUCCCCUGGGAGCGUGUAAAACCUCCCCACCAUCAGGCUUGUCCUGGGCGAGGCUGAUGAAGUGGGUCAGAGCAGGGCCCGGCAAUCUCUAUGGGGAUUCUCGUGUUCAGUCAGAUUUGGGAAUCACUGCAAGCUGAGGUGUGGCAUUGGCCAAUAAUAUUUCCUGGCCAGUUCAGGUAUGUGAUGAUGAUACCUGGGAUGGAGCUGGGCCAAGGAGAGAGGAAAGAGGCCUGAGUGGAGGAAGGAACCCACUGCCUGGAGGGGUUGGUGGGAGUCGGUGCUCUGUGCUGACCGGGUCUGGUGAUUCUGGCUCUUGGCAACCUUGGGGCAGGUGUGUCUCACUGGCACGGAGGAAAUGCCAGCUGCAUCCUGAGGGCCAAGCGUCCCAGGUUUCCUGCUGCACUGUGCUGUCUUCCUGGCCUUAGUUUACUCUCCAGGGUCAAAUGAUAAGUUCCAAGACCCCAGUCAGUGGGGAGCUGAGGCUUGAACCCCUGUCUGUCUGCUCGCCCAGCCCCAGUCCUUUCCACCAUCCUGAACCACUCUGUUUUUGCCCCUCCAACAUACAUCACUGUCUUGAAUCAACCCUGUGAGGUGAGGAGGAGAGAGGGAGAACCAGAGAAAGCCAGAGAGAGAGGGUGAUUUGCCCAAAGGCACUGGGUUUAAGCUGCAGAGCCGGGACUUGAUCCCAGAGAUGGGCUGUCUUCAACUCUCCCGCAAUGCCUGGCAAGCAUGUGCAUUAUCAUCUGCCUCCCCGAGGUGCCUGGAAUGAGCUCUGCCCAUGCUGGGCAUGAGACCACGUGGUCCAGAGACCACGUCAGCAUCUCUCUCCUCCCUGCCACACCCCAAAUGCUGGACACCUGGUGGGUGGUCGGUCUGUGGUGUUGAUUGAGUGAUCUGAUGGGUUGGUUGGCAACUUCCGGCAGCUUCUCAGCUCAUGCAGAUCCCCGACCUCCAGGGCUGGCCCUGUGUGUAAUCCCACCCCCGACUCCUCCAGGAAUGGGGGCAGGGGCGGCGAUCUGGUGAGAAGGGAGGUGGGGGGUUGGGGGUGGUGCAGAGAAGGAGGAGCUCCCAGAGACCACCGGGAGAGUCAGUGUGGACUUCGGUCAGGGUGCUGGACCUGGGUCUAGUCUCUGCUCCUCUGCUGCUGCUGCUUCUUCUUCUUUUUUUAAAAAAAAUUUUUUGGCUGUGCCAUGCAGCAUGUGAAAUCUUAAUUCCCCAACCAGGGAUUGAACCUGCACCCCCUGCGCUGGAAGCGUGGAGUCUUAACCACUGGACCGCCAAGGAAGCCCGUCUGCUCCUCUGCUUCUGUCCUGUUUAACAUGGGACAAGUCUUUUGUGCUCUCUGGUUGGGGCUUGGUGGUCUUUGCUGAUCUUGAAGGCCACCUCCAGUUCCGAAGGUGAUGAAUCUGUGAUUGGACCUGAACUCCAGGCCCAUCCUGAAGUCUGGGAUGGUGGGGGUUUUGUCUAAGAUUCCAGGGUCCCUUUUGCCUAUUUUGGGGGUUAGGGGAGGGAAUAGCAAGUUCUCUCUCCCAGGCCUGGCCCUGAAGGCAUAGGCUGGGUACCAGCUCUGCUCACCCCUCUGGGCCCUGUGCCUCCAAGAUGAGGGACAUCAUGUGGCAGAAACAAAGCCCUGGUUAUGCUGAGACAGAAUUUCCUGCCCCAAGGUUCAAGGUGGUAUUGUCCAGCAGGACUCGGGCUCAGGCAAGCUCUCUUCCGCCUCCUCUCACCUCCACAGAGGCACUGCAGAGCAAAGACAGUGGCCAGCUCUGUCGGUCACCCCCCCCAGGGCACCCCAAGGAGGCCUCUUUGCUGGGCUUCAGACCCCCCAGUCCUGCCUUCAGCCCUCAGGCCAAUAUCAUGCCCAGCAUGGGCAGAGCUCAUUCCAGGCACCUCGGGGAGGCAGAUGAUAAUGGACAUGCUUGCCAGGCAUUGCGGGAGAGUUGAAGACAGCCCAUCUCUGGGAUCAAGUCCCGGCUCUGCAGCUUAAACCCAGUGCCUUUGGGCAAAUCACCCUCUCUCUCUGGCUUUCUCUGGUUCUCCCUCUCUCCUCCUCACCUCACAGGGUUGAUUCAAGACAGUGAUGUAUGUUGGAGGGGCAAAAACAGAGUGGUUCAGGAUGGUGGAAAGGACUGGGGCUGGGCGAGCAGACAUACAGGGGUUCAAGCCUCAGCUCCCCACUGACUGGGGUCUUGGUAAACUCACUUACCCUUCCAGCCCCCUCACUGGUGAACUGGUGGCAGGAAUAAGGCCCCUCACAGGACUGUGUGGCAAGUGUAGGGCACUCCAUGCAUACCUGAGCGUGGCUGGUGACCAGAGAGCCACCUUCCCCCGUCUCCUCGACUGAACGAAUAAAGUUGCCAAGUCCAGCCUGGAAGCUGUGCUCCAGAGAAAAACUGUUGAGAUCUAAGCCCUGGAGACAGUGUGGGGUCUUGGAGUCUUGCAGCGGGGUUCGGGGUCACAGGUAGUACCGGCAGCAGGAUGGGGAUUCCCUCCCACCACGGUUUACGGUGGGUGCCUGUGAUUAGGUGAAGCAAUGCGCUGGGCGGGGGAGCUGCUCAAAGGGUGGGAGUGUGGGAGAGCAGAGGAGAGGGCAGACAUGUGGGAGGGAGGUGCCAGAGCAUAGAGGUGGGCGAGGAGGGGCGGGUGAGGGGUAGCUGGGCUGGAAAGGAAGGAAGGGGAGGCUGGGGGUCACGGCUGGCCACUGGGGAGGGGCCAGCAGGGUCCCUCACGCAUGUUCCUUUUUGGCUGGUGGUGUGCCCUCCCCUUUUACAGAUGAGAAAACUGAGGUCCAGAGGCUCAUAGACUAAAGGACUACCUAUGCCAUGCAGCUUGUACGGAGCAGAGCAGGGACUCGAGCUGCUACCUGCUCGUUUCAUGGUACACACCACUUCUGGAGGUCCUGGGGGCUCAAAGGCAGCCUCUGAAACUGGGAUAAGAGUCAUAGAAUUUUUAGAACUGGAAAGGACUCUGAGAUUGUCCAGUUCAGACUUGUCACUUUACUGAGGGCAAACAGAGGCCCAGAGAAGGUAGAUGGCUGGUGGGGGGCACAGGUCACACAGCGAGCAGAGCAGAGCGGAACCAUGAACCCAGCUCUCCUGUCCACAGCCAGCCACGUAGGGUGCCCACAGCUGCAUCCCGAGACAGCCCCUGGACAGCACCGCUGAGGCCAUUCAUCCAAGGCUGUCACCGUGGGGCAGGGAGUCCUGCCAUGGGCUGACUCACUGCCCAGGGAUGCAGUUACUACAAAUUUGCCUGUGCCAGGCACUGCUGGCCCCUCAGGCUCCAGGAACUAACUCCAGCUAGAUUCCCAUUGCCUAGCAUGAGUCACCACCAACUUGAGUUGGUAUGUUUGCUCUCGGCUCCACACCCACAAAAGCUGGGUGGGAACUCAGAGAGGCACACAGUGAAGUGAGUUGACCCCAGGCUGAAUAAUCUGGAGAGGGGAGCUGGAUGGGAUCUGGAGUGAUGAAAUCCGGAGGGGGGCCCGGAGUCAGCAGCUGGGAGGGUCCCUCCUUCCUCACGUGCAUAUAGACAUUCCUGGGGUUUGAGGACGCCUCAGCAUCCUCCCAGCCUCCCCGAGCACCUUUCUCUUCUCUCUUCUCACCAUGAUCACCUGCAGGCACCACCAGUUCACCUCCUCCAGCUCCAUCAAGGGCUCCUGUGGCAUCGGCGGUGGUUCCAGCCGCGGGUCUUCCGUCCUGGCCGGAGGCUCCUGCCGGGCCCCCAGCGCAACGGGGGGCCUGUCUGUCUCCUCCUCCCGCUACUCCUCCGGGGGUGUCUGCGGGCUGGGGGGCGGCUAUGGCGGCAACUACAGCAGCAGCAGCUGCUUUGGUGGGGCCCUGGGUAGCAUCUUCGUUGGAGGAUAUGGUGGUGGCCUUGGCGUCUGCCUCAGUGGUGGCAAUGGCGGCUUCCUCUCUGGCAACGAGAAGCUCACCAUGCAGAACCUCAACGACCGCCUGGCCUCCUACCUGGAGAAGCGCGCCCUGGAGGAGGCCAACACGGAGAUGGGGGUGAAGAUCCGCGACUGGUACCAGAAUCAGAGGUCCAGGCCUGCCCGCGACUACAGCCCCUACUUCAAGACCAUCGAGGACCUGCGGACUCUCAACCACUGUGCCACCAGGGAAGCCCCACAGCCUCUUCUGCAGAUUGACAACGCCAGGCUGGUAGCCAAUGACUUCAGGACCAAGUAUGAGAACGAGCUGGCCCUGCGCGUGAGCAUGGAGGCCGACAUCCACGGCCUGCGCAGGUUGCUGGACGAGCUGACCCUGGUAAGGACUGACCUGGAGAUGCAGCUAGAGGGCCUGAAGGAGGAGCUGGCCUACCUCUGGAAGAACUACGAGGAGAUGCUUACCCUGCAGAGUCAGACCAGCGGGGACAUCAGCGUGGAGGUGGACGCUGCCCCCAGCGUGGACCUGAGCCACAUCCUGAAUGAGCUGCGCGACCAGUAUGAACAGAUAGCAGACAAGAACCGCAGAGAUGCCGAGGCCUGGUUCCUGAGCAAGAAAGAGGAGCUGAACAAAGAAGUGGCCUCUAAUAGAGAGCUGAUGCAGAACAGCCGUAAUGAGUUGAAUGGGCUCCGAAGGGUGCUCCAGGGCCUGGAGGUCAAACUGCAGUCCCAGCUCUGCAUGAAAGCAUCCCUGGAGAAGAGCCUGGAGGAGACCAAAAACCGCUACUGCCUGCAGCUGUCCCAGAUCCAGGGGCUGAUCUGCAGCGUGGAGGAGCAGCUGGCCCAGCUGCGCUGCGAGAUGGAACAGCAGAGCCAGGAGUAAAAGAUGCUGCUGGACGUGAAGACGAGGCUGGAGCAGGAAAUUGCCACCUACCGCCGCCUGCUGGAGGGCGAGGACGCCCACCUCUCCUCCCAGCACCCAUCCGGCCAGGACUAUGUUUCCUGCGAAGGUAAGGCUCCUGAGGGUCCCGGAGCCGCCUUUGCCCACCCGCCGGCCUCACCACCUGAAGUCCUGGGUCCAGCCCCUGCUCGCCCCAGCUGUCUUCCCUCCCUCUCUGCUGGUGGUGGGCUAAUAAAGCUGACUUUCUGGUUGAUGCAUCAAUCCUGUGUGGUCUCCGUUCCUGAGCUGAUGGGAGGGGAAUUGGAGGUGCCUCCCAGGAAUCUUCUGGGACCUCACAGCCUGAGGGAUGCAGGAAAGAGCCAAGCUCAGAAGAGCUUGUAGGGUCUUCCUCGAAGA